AUUGUUUUGUUGUUUGUUUGUGAUUGUUUUUAUAAUACAAUUUUGUUUGUCUCUGGUAUCAGACAAAAUCUCUUCAUUUCUCUUAACAAUUACACACUAUCUCUCUCAAACAUUUCGAAUAACUAAAAUUAAUAAUCCAUUCAUUUUUUAAAAAUUAUUUUAAGGUUGGCUCUGUCAUGAACAAACUCCAACUACUUCUCCUUCACCAAUACCUCCAUUAGCUUCACUUCUACAAUUAAGACCAUUACCUACUGCCAAUUCUGUCGAUGCUUCUUUAGCUUUCCCCAAUUCACUGUAAAAGUUUUUUCUGUUUUUAAAUUUUAAUUAAAAAUUUUGUGGACAGAGAAUGUGAUUUUGAACAGGGAGAUAUGUGUCCACAUUGGAUGCAUAAUAGUUAUAGUGAUUCUGUAACAGACGAUUCUGGGGAUGAGGCUGUAGAUGAGACAAAUAACCAACAACGCUUUCGUCUUGGCCUCGUCCCACGCGGCAUUUUGCCUUUACCAUUUCCCAUAGACGGCCGAUUCCGUGGAAAAUAUUCUGCUGUUGCAGUUCUCGAUUUGCGAGCUCAGGAAGAACAAUUUGCCAUUUUAACUUCACGUCCAAUUGAUUGUGUGGAUGGAGGGCGUGUUUCGAUUAGCUAUUUUGCCUCUCCUGGUGCUCAAUUAAGUAUUUGUGCCAAUGAACAAUGUGUUUAUCCAAAAAGAAAACGUUUUGGAAGUCAAUCAACUUCUGAAAUGUCGGUUGCUCUAAAUUCUGCUCGACCUUUCAGAAUUAGAAUUGUUGCAGAACGUAAUCGUUCUUUCCCAAUUAAUUUAAUAAAUGGAUUUUAUGAACCUUUUGUUUUAAUUAAAAGAAUUGGUUUGACAAAAAUAAUUUUUAAUUAUUUUUAUUUUAAAGCAAUACAAAACAAAGGUUUUUGUCGUUUAAAAUCUUCAGAGGAAAUUACUUGUAAUUUACUUAAAUGUUUAUUUAAUGAAGAAGGAAUUUGUCGUUAUAAAUCUUUGUUCCUUGCUGCCGGAGAUGUUCCUUUUGUACAUAAAAAAGGAGAAGGCAAAUUAACUAUAUUUAAUUUUUUAAAAGGAGAAUUUACAUUUUGUGGAUAUUUUUUAAAUUAA